UCAUCGCAUUUGACGCGUUGAAAGUUGAAACCCGCUCCGCUCUCCUUUCCGCAGAGGAAAAGGGUGGGGAGAGAUCGCAGCAAACCCUAAUCCCUUUCUUCUCCCCUCUCUUCACUCCCACUCCUCUGGAUUCGGUCGAUCCCUCAUCUCCCGGUCUUCCUGUUGUUUUCUGGCGGCUUUUCUCCGCGUCGAAUUCAGCUCUAGGUAGAGUUUUGAGAAAACAACAAUUGAAAUGGGUACCCCUUCUGUCACAAAUCACCACCACCAAUCACCACUCUCUAUGCUACCACCACGCCAGCAUCCGAGGUCGUCAGGCCUGCAGACAUCCCUAUCCCUGGCUUCAUCAGACCCUGCAGCAUCACCCGACACCCAAGAGCCAGGAUCUAAUUCUGACCAAGGGCAAGACUCGCCCACAGAGAGCGCCAGCUCUCGUGAAACCUGGCCCAUUGAGACAAACCACCCUGAUGUGGUUGGAGGACAUAAAAUAGAGAAGGAAAAGGAAGGAGAGAAUGAAGUUGCUAAACUGCAGGUCAUUCGGAGGGUUUCCAACGCAAAUAGGUUAUCGCUCCAUGAAAUUGCUCGAGACAGGGUUGAUGUUGUUGCUGAGAAAAUCAAGGUCAUGCCAGAUGAGCUUCUAGAGGAGCUUAAGGGUGAGCUUCGGCAGAUACUUGAGGGUACAGGUGGUUCUCAUCAAAUAGAGGAGUUUCUGUAUCUUCAGAAGCUUGUGCAGGGGAGAGUUGACCUGACCGCCAAAUCCCUUGCUGGUGCUCAUCGUGUGCAACUGGAAAUUCUUGUUGCAAUCAAUUCAGGCAUUCAGGCCUUCUUGCAUCCAAGCGUCAGCAUUCCACAGGGUCGCCUCAUCGAGGUUUUCUUGUACAAGAGGUGCAGAAACAUUGCUUGUCAAAGUGCUCUCCCUGCAGAUGAAUGCAGCUGUGAGAUAUGUUCCAGUAGGAAUGGUUUCUGCAAUCUCUGUAUGUGUGUGAUCUGCAACAAGUUUGAUUUUGAGGUGAAUACAUGCCGCUGGAUUGGAUGUGAUACAUGCACACACUGGACUCACACAGAUUGUGCCAUGCGGGUUGGCCAAAUUGGAACAGGUCAGUCUGUUAAGAGCGGAGUUGGCCAUACAGAGAUGCUUUUCAGGUGCCAAGCAUGCCACAGAACAUCCGAGUUGUUAGGUUGGGUUAAAGAUGUCUUCCAGCAGUGCGCUCCUGGAUGGGACCGAGAGAUCCUGAUGCGAGAACUUGACUUUGUCAGUAAGAUUUUUCAAUUGAGUCAGGACCCUAAAGGAAGAAAAUUAUACCGCAAGUGUGGUGAACUAAUAGAAAAGUUGAAAAGUGGCACAGCCGAAUCCGUGGCCUGCAGAAUGCUCCUUCUCUUUUUCCAAGAACUUGAAUUAGAUUCACCAAAGAAUUCUGAGAACGAAGAAGUUGGGCGUCUGAUUUCUCCACAAGAGGCUUGCAAUAAAAUUGCUGAGGUGGUCCAAGAAGCUGUGAGGAAGAUGGAGAUGGUUGCAGAGGAGAAAAUGCGGAUGUUUAAGCGAGCUCGUUUGGCUCUAGAUGCCUGCGAUCGUGAGCUUGAGGACAAGGCUAGAGAAGUUCAAGAGCUAAAAAUGGAGAGGCAGAGAAAGAAACAACAGGUGGAGGAACUAGAGAGCAUCAUUAGACUUAAGCAGGCAGAGGCUGAAAUGUUCCAAUUGAAGGCCAACGAGGCCAAGCAGGAGGCUGACAGACUGCAGAGCAUUGCACAGGCCAAAUCAGAGAAGGCUGAGCAGGACUAUGCUAGUAUGUACCUGAAGCGUCGUCUUGAAGAAGCAGAAGCCGAGAAGCAGUAUUUAUAUGAGAAGAUAAAGCUUCAGGAGAGCCAGCAUGCUCCGCAGGGUAACAGCAAUGGUGGCAGCGGCGACCAUGCACAGACUCUAAUGCUGAACAAAAUCCAGGACUUGUUAAAGAACGUGCGAAGCAUGCCACCAAAGACCGAGGGGCAAUAAUCAAACUGCUACUUACUCCCUGUAGGGUUCUACUUGCUUUUAUUAUAUGUUGUAAUGCACAACUAAGAACACUAUUAGAUUAUCAACUGGAUGUUGCUUGAAUUUAGAUCCGCUGUUUGUUCUGAACCAUUUUUGUAUAAUAUGGCGAAUUUAAUUCGUAUGUAUGCACUCGGUCUUUAUACUGAA